AUGGAAGCCCAGAAGAUGUGGGAAAGGGGAUCAACACACCAGCAAAGGUCAUUUGGGUUUGGAUUACAAAUUGCCGUCACCUCAGAGAAGAGGAGAGGGAAUCUGUUUGAGAAGAACGUUUCUCUGCAGCUAAGGAUUAGCAGGCAUCUGCAAGCCCGCCCCGCAGGGAUCUUCGAAAGAUACCUCAGUAUACACUGCCCACAGUUAAGAAACCACGACCUGAGACAUUGUUUUGAAGAGGUGAAAACGCCUCCACUCAAGUGGCCCAGGAGCGUGAUCCAGGAAGACGAACACACAGAACCAUCUUCUGCAUUAUUUGAAAAUUCAGUGGAAACUAGUGUGGGGAAAGCAGUCAAGCCCGCGCGGAGCGAUUGUGAGGGGCUCUGCUGGAAUUUGGCAGCGCGGAGGCUUGGAGAGAAGCCCCAUGCUGGCUCCCAUUCAGCCGGCCCGUUUUCCUCGAGCUUUGGAAGUUUCACUCAGCCGUGCACUCAAUGGCUUCACAAAGCUGAUUACAAGCUUCAGCGCAUUCCUGAAGGAGCCAAAAGCGACGCAGGUGCAAACGAGCCGAGGGAGCCCCUUAUCCCGGACUCCAAGCUGCUGUCCCCUCUCUGCCGCAUCCGAGGCUGGAAAAACUUCCUAGGAGAAGGCAAGAGAAAGCCACCAGACCAGAGCCGAGGACUCAACUUUAAGGUCGAAGACGGCGGAGGGGCAGGUUCUCCCCUGCACACCCCAAGGCCUCUCCUGCACCCACGAGGCCUGCUCUCCUUCUGACAAAAGGAGGGGGUAGGAUGUGGAGGGGUAGUGCAACCAAUAAUGUUUUUGUAAACACAACAGGGAAAUACACGGAGGAAAUCUA